AUGGUCAGCUCGUCUGCUUUGGUGACAACGCACAUGAGCAGUGUGACGUGCCAGCACGUUUGGGAUCAGUUUUGGCAGUCUCAGCGGGCCUUCAUCAUACUUGUGCUGUGCGGACAGACGGUCAGCUCGUGUGCUUUGGAGGCUUUAAACACAACAGACAUGGGCAGUGUGAUGCACCGGCAGAUUUGGGAUCAGUUUUGGCCGUGCCAGCGGGCGCUUACCAUACUUGUGCAGUGCGGACAGAUGGUCAGCUGGUCUGCUUUGGACGGAACGACUACAAGCAGUGUGACCUGCCAGCACGUUUGGGAUCAGUUUUGGCGGUCUCAGCGGGCUUCCAUCAUACUUGUGCUGUGUGGACAGAUGGUCAGCUCAUCUGCUUUGGAGCCAACCGAUGGCAGAAGAGUGGUGGGCAGUGUGAUGUACCAGCAGACUUGGGACCAGUUUUGGCCGUUUCCGCGGGCGCUCACCAUACUUGUGCAGUGCGGAUAG